AUGUCGACUACCUCUCGAGUAAAGGAACAACCGUACUUUGUGACCGAAGACAAGCUGAAGUACCUGCCACCUUACCUGCAGGGAGUACCUGAGACUCCCAAUGAGGUAGAAUGCAAAACCUCUGGAGUUUGGCCUCACUGGGUCAAUGGCACCUUUGUUCGCAUGGGGGUUGGCCACUUUGUCGUUCCUUUGUCCGAGGAUGGCUCAAAGCCCAACGCGGUGGUACAGCAUUGGUUCGACGGGUUAGCCAUGCUACAUAAAUUCCGUAUGGAGGACGGCCGUGUUCACUACACGAGUCGGUACACUGCUGAGGGUGUAGUCAAGAAGGCCAAGAAGAAUGGCUUCUUGCAAACUCUUAUGGCAGGCCUGAAUGCAAACACGCCGCUUAAGGACGCCCAAGAUCCUUGUUCCGCACUCCUUGGUGCCCAGCAAUCAAUCUGGAUCCCAACUGGCCCCGUAGGCCCUGACGAGUUUAAUGUGAACAUCCUUCCUCGGCGGGGACUCCAUCUACCUACAACUGGCAACCCUUAUGACAAGGGCACGCCAUCUCAGAACCCUGAGAAAGAAGAGCUCGUCGUCUGCACCGACUUCAACAUGCUUCAGGUCGUUGACGGAAAAACACUCGAGCCCAAGCGAAUGCUCACCUACGCUGCUAUUGAUCCGGAGCUCCAGGGAUUCGGAAUCGUCUCUCAUGCCCUCAAGGAUCGGCACAGGGGUGAGGAAUACAACUACCUCAUAAACCCCCAGACCGGAGUCUUGUCAGUAUUUGCACUUGAUGUCAAGUCAAACCCUACGAAGCUGCUGUGGAAGACGCCCAUCCCUUGCAGACCCUGCUAUGUCCAUUCGAUGGCCAUGUCCAGUAAUUAUGUCGUCUUCAUACGAAAUCCCAUCGCUAUGGACUUGUCGGAUACCACGAAGCCAUUUACCCAGUCCAUGGUUUACGAGCCUGAGAGCCCUACUGAGUUCUUUGUCCUCGACAAGAUCACUGGAAAGCACAUCGCUUCGUACACUCUCCCAGACAAUAUUAUGUUCUUCCAUUCCGUGAAUGGUUACGACUAUGUAGAUCCCCGUACUAAUGAGAUUAACAUCCACGUCGACCUCUGUGCAUACUCAGAUCGCGUCCCUUACAACGACUACCACCUUAGCAACAUCCUAGAUCCUGCUGCGCCGUUUCAGGACGGUGUCCUUGUACGCUACGAGCUUGAGGGCGUUGGAAAGGCCGAUCCCACCACCUUCACACGGGCCACUACCAAGGCUGCAAUUGGCGGGACACACCUGGAGCUUCCGCGAAUUGCCAAGAGCGCUUCCAUGGUCCACGGCUAUCGCUAUGUCUACGGCAUCUCGGGCCAUGGCGGACCAUCACCCGGCACCAGUGUUCCCAUCGGUCGCUUGGGUAACGGCUUGAAAGCGGUGCAUUGCAGCUUUCUGAGUCACGUUACCAAGUGCGACUGGGAAACUGGAACCUUUAAGGAAUGGUGGCCAGAGAACGGAGAGAGUGCGCCUUGCGAACCGAUUUUCAUCCAACGUCCCGGCGCUACGGAUGAGGAUGAUGGUAUCGUACUCACCAUUGUCAUUAAUCGCGAGGCUACUCAUAGCGUUCUCGUUGCCAUUGAUGGCAAGACAUUCAAAGAAGUUGCUCGUGCUGAUAUGCCACAAGUAUAUGCUCUAGGUCCGCAUGGAACCUGUAUCGAGGGAGAAUUUGGUAUAUGA